AACCAAGCAAGAGCCAUACUACCAACCAAGCAAGAGCCAUACUAACAAGAAGAGAAAAAAACUUCCUGUGCUCGUUCAUGACGAAACCCCGGGAACACCGGGCGAGCUCGGGUGAAACGACAGCCACCCCCAGUUUUAGGGCAUGUAGACACCUACAGUCCUACACACACGGCGCAUGCACCGAUGCAUGCAGCUAAUUCUCGCAGGGGACGACUGGCGCCUGCGCACGACGACGGCGACUUUGGUCCUCGCGCGCGGCAAUCCGGCACGCCAUGGCGAUCCCGGCCACAUCUCCUCGCGGCCGCCUCGGCCUCCUCCUAUGCGUCCUCCUCCUCGCGUGCCGGGCGCCGCCCGCCGUCGGCGCCGAUUCGGAGUUCGAGGACGGGAUUUCGCCAAAGUUCCCCGGCUGCGACAACACCUUCCAAAAGGUGAAAGUGAUGUACUGGGUGGACGGCGACGAGCGGAACAGCCUCACCGGGAUCACCGCGAGGUUCGGUCAGAUCCUGCCGGACAUCGCGUCCGACAGCCAGAAGCAGCAGGCCGUCGUUCCCAGCCCCAGGAGCAGCUGCGCCAAGUCAUCCGCCCAGCUCGCCAACUCCGUAGCGGUGGCUGAGCGCGGGGAGUGCACGUUCCUCGAGAAGGCGAAGACGGCGGAGUCCGGCGGGGCGGCGGCGUUGCUCCUGAUCAACGACGUCGACGAUCUGCAGAAGAUGGUAUGCACCGACAAGGACCCGCCUCCCGACAUCACCAUCCCGGUCGUCAUGGUGUCACAGUCUGCGGGCUUCAAGAUCCUGUCAGCCAUCGAGGAUGGGGCAAAGGUGGACAUUCUCAUGUACGCGCCGGAGAAGCCGUCCUUCGAUGGCGCCAUACCUUUCCUCUGGAUGAUGGCCGUCGGUACAGUGGCCUGUGCCUCCGUGUGGACUGUCGUCGUUGUCGGGGAAGAGCCUCGUAAGAACGCACCUUCACUGGGUGGAGAGGAAGAUCCCGAAUCCGAAAUCGUGGAGCUGAAAACCAAAACCGCGCUUGUGUUCAUCGUCACGUCGUCGCUUGUGCUGCUGUUCCUCUUCUACUUCAAGUCCAGCUGGUCUGCAUGGCUGCUGGUUUUUCUCUUCUGCCUAGGUGGUCUCCAGGGAUUGCACUAUGUUGCCUCAACUCUCAUUCUAAGACUAUGUGACCGGUGUCGCGAUGCGAAAGUGAAGCUCCCAGCCAUAGGGAAUGUGACGGUGGUGACACUUGUCAUCUUACCGUUAGCCCUGAUCAUCGUCGUUUAUUGGGCUGCACACCAGAGUUCAUCGUUUGCUUGGGUUGGGCAGAACCUCAUGGGAAUCUGUAUGAUGAUUCUUGUGUUGCAAGUGGUCCAUAUGCCAAAUAUAAAAGUUGCAUCAGCCCUUCUUAUCAGUGCUUUUCUGUAUGACAUAUUCUGGGUGUUCAUAUCACCCCUCAUAUUCAAGAAAAGCGUCAUGAUCACAGUUGCUCGUGGCAGCGACGAUGGACCAAGCCUUCCCAUGGUACUGAAGAUGCCAAAGGAGUUUGAUUCAUGGAACGGCUAUGACAUGAUUGGAUUUGGGGACAUUCUUUUCCCUGGACUGCUUGUUGCUUUCAGUUUCAGAUAUGACAGAUCACACGGCAAGGACUUGACUGACGGCUAUUUCCUUUGCCUAAUGAUCGGUUACGCCUUCGGCUUGUCAUGCACAUAUCUUGGCCUGUACAUAAUGAAGAGUGGCCAGCCAGCUCUGCUCUACCUCGUCCCUUCAACACUAGGAGUUAUCGUCACGUUGGGCGCCAGAAGAGGAGAGCUUAGUCAGCUCUGGAACGCCAAGGUAUAGCCUGUGGAACGCUCCAAGUUGACAGGAUGACAUUGGUUGCAAGCUUGCAACACUGUUUUAGUUAGAGAUAUGAUCAUUGAUCUGAUGGUCUUGGCAAUGUUAUGCCGUCCAUCAGGAUGAACGUUGGUUAGAAAUUCUCUUUGCUUCAGUGUACACUACCCACGCAAGGUUUGAUUACUACUUACUACAGCCUGCUGCGUAUACACUGCCUCUGAAAGUCAUUAGGGUGACGUAAAUUUGAGCAAGAUUAGAUUACCUUCUUUGUUGGUAUGUUUAAAUUUAAUCGUAUGCAAUGUGAAGUAACAAUUAUCACGUGAACGAGCCUAGCAUACUUAUUUAAGGUGAUUAUGAAUUGUAACAUUCAUAUUUAUUUAGGAUGGGUAUGCACUAGUCGAG